UUWRUUAAUGCUMGAUAAACCCAGUCGUCUUUCAUUUCUGUGCAGAAGUCAUGCUGGCUGCUUUCCACAUAUUUAAAAUAAAUCUUUAUUACCACAGUUWCAAAGAACAAGGUCAGGGAGGAGACAGACCAGAUAGCCUACAGCAGCAGGGAUCAUAAUGCAGACUUUUUCUCAGGAAGGAGAGCACGAAGACAAGCAGCAGCAUGAAGAACCUGCUGGUUUUAGGGAUUGUUUUGUCAGCCCUUCACAUCAUCUACUCAAAAACUCCAGCAUUCUGUCAAAAACCCAGUGAUCCAGGUCAGGGCACAAAGUACAUCUUUGCUGUUUAUUAUGACGCCUCAAACGACCGAUGCAACCCCUUCUUUUACGGGGGUGAAGGUGGAAACGAGAACCGCUUUGAGAAUGAAAGACAGUGCAUGAGAAACUGUUCCCCCAAUGCAGAGAACAUCUACCCUGUGGAUGAAUCCAAAGCUUGUCUCCUCAAGCAUGAAACUGGUACCUGCAGUGGUAGUCUUUUGAAAUACUACUACAACCCAGCUCAUGACAAGUGCAAAAAGUUUAUUUGGACAGGAUGCCAUGGAAAUGGGAACAGAUUUUCUGACAGUGAAACCUGCAAUAGCACCUGUCUUGGCAUCCACC